AUGGCCGACCAGCUUACAGAGGAGCAGAUCGCAGAAUUAAAGGAGGCCUUGUCUGACAAGGAUGGGAACGGCACCAUCAUCACCCGAGAGCUGGGCACCGUCAUGCGGUCCCUGGGCCAGAACCCCACCGAGGCCGAGCUCCAGGGCAUGGUCAAUGAGAUCGACGGUGACGCCAACGGCACCAUCGACUUCCCAGAGUUCUUGGGCAUGAUGGCGAGGAAGAUGAAGGACACAGACAGAGAGAAGGAGCUCCGGGAGGCCUUCCUUGUAUUCGACAAGAACCGCGAUGGCUUUCUCAGCGCAGCUGAGCUGCGUCACGUGAUGACCACGUCUGGGGAGAGGCUGAGUGAUGCGGCGGUGGACGAGAUGAUCCGAGCAGUUGACACGGAUGGAGACGGACAAGUGAACUAUGAGGAGUUUGUCCGCAUGCUGAUCUCCAAGUGA